AUGACAUAUUUCAGAAACGUACAUUGUGAAUCUGAGCCUAUUCAUUUACCACCGCCUAUUCCAAGAAAACCAUUAUCACUAGCGAAGAAACCACAAGAUGUUUCAACGUCGUUUCAGUGUAAUCUUCCUGUUUCCGGAGGCGCAAUUUUUAAAAACGGUAAUAUUGCCCUUACAAGUUUUGAUAAUGGAAAAGUAGUCAUUAUCAAUUCGACCGGAGACAAUUUGAAAGAAUUCAACAUUCCAAAGCCAUGGGACGCCGCUGUACGAAACGAUCGAAACAAAGAACUGCUUUUCAUUUCAUUUUUGAAAACAGCUGAAAAACCUGCAAGAAUAGAUUUUAUUGAAUGGACUGUUGACCAUUUUCCUAAAACCUUUACCAGAGAUGUUAUAACCCCCUAUGGUUUAGCAUUUACUUUGCAAAAUGAAUUAUGUGUUUGCGAAAAAAAGUCCCAUGAAGUUAGAAUAUUUGAUGUGCAUGGAAAAAUGAUCCGGCGCAUAUGCCAGCCCCAGUUUGAGUGUCCAUGGUACAUAGCAGUAACAAACGAUGGCAAAACGCUUAUAUCUGACUUUGAAGCCAGAUGUGUGUGGUGUCUUAAUGAGAAGGGAUACAUUAUCGAUAAACUUGAUAAAGCAUCUGAAUCGGAUCCAACAGAAUUUCAUCCGGCAAAAUGUGUAUCCGACGGUAAAGACUUUUUUAUUAGCGAUCAAGAUGGUGGAAAGGUCAGAGUUCUUUCUAAAACGGGACAAGUGCGUACUGUCAUUGCAAGGAAAAAUACUAAAGAGGAAAUAUUUUGUCCUGUAGUUCUUCUUGUUCAAAAACAAUGUUUAAUAGUAGUUUCGAAGCAUGGGGAAGUAAUUAAGAUGCCUGUACCAAGCGAAGACGAAAAAUUUCGGUGGUUGAAAUAA